AGCCAAGUGCAUCAAUUGCAUUUGCAUGUUGACUUUACCCACGAUUACUGCUACCCAGCUUGGUAAUGAAUUUGCCUUGGCUGGUGAUCUUGCUUGCUUUGCCACGGACUCUCGGUGAGUUCUGUGAUGGGCCUCAGUAUGAGGCCAGAGCGCCCAGCCUGCUGCAGCGUCGUAUGGGCGAGGAUGAAAAACUCAUCCGCCAGCUGCAGGAUACUGUGCUGCAGAUGAAGGAAGAGAUGGCUGAGAUCAAGGCGAUGAAGGAAGGUGAGUUCCAUGCCAGGGAUGAGUUGAGCAUCGCUCAGGCCGAACACCCUCCAUUUCUGGCGCUGCUGUCGAAGCUGCAGAACCAAUCCUCGCCCUUGAGCUCCUUUUGCCGUGCCAAGCCGCAAGCCUCGAGCUCGCCCAGUUCGCCGAGCUCGCCCAGUUCCAACGCGCGCUUGGCGCAGAGCAAUGCCACCAUGCUGUCUGCCUGCGCUGCAGACCACAUCUCGUUGAUGGAAAUUACUCCGACGGGGACCUCAAUCUCCUGCUGCCCCACCUCCAGUGUGGCCUGCGCUGGCUGUGCGGCCUUCUCUGGUGGCCACUGCCAGAAGUGCGAGGGUGGCUUCGUUUGGCGCCAGAGCGUCUGUGUCGCCUGUUCCAGUGCGAGCGAGUGGGCCAGUGAGUCGGGCAAGGCAUGCUCACAGCUCUCAGCCAACGAGUGCUCUGAUGUACCGGUCAAAGGCCAGAGCAGCAACCAGGCAUGUUGCGAGUGCGGCGGGGGCCAUGUGACUCCGACGCCCUUCGAGUACCCCACGGCGCGCUGGUCCCUGUCCUCGGAGCUGCUGCUGAAGCCGGAGCCGCGCACGGCGACGCGCUACACGCUGGAUGCGCAGUGCGAGCUGUCGCAGCACAACCUCACCAUGGAUGCGAGCAGUGGAGAGAUCCGCUAUGUGGCUGGAAAGGAGAAACCGAAGGAGGCCUUCAGCUUCCCCUGCGAGGUCACGGCGCACCAGGCGCCGGGCAUCAGCUUCACGGCGGUGGUCACCGUGGCGGCGGAUGCUUUCAGCUACAGGUCGAGCGCUUUGCUCUUCGGCACACAGACCGAGACGCCCCUCACCACGGGCAGUCACUGGUCGAGCUUCUCAAUGGCUUGUGCUCCGAAGAUCCCGUGGCUCUCGAUCAAUGCUCACACCGGUGAGCUCAGCUCCACACAUGGCCAGGGCGGUGGUGUCUCUGUGGUCGAGGAGAAGUUCUAUGGCCAGGACGGCGGGAUUUGCACGGUCUCUGCAUGGCGGCAAGGGAAGAUGCACCAAACCGCCUUCGUGGCACUCAAGCCAAGGCCAUGGCCUUUGUUGCAGUACGAGCUCGACUCCGUGGCCGUGUCCUUGGGCCAGGAGCUGUUACCCAUGAAGCCCAAAGUGCCCUCCGGCAUGGGUUUGAUGAAGCCUUUCACCUUCAGUGUCGCGUGCACGGUCACCGGUGGCUUGCCCAGCACCAGCUUCACCUACGACCGUUUGCUGCAUAUGGGUUUCGUGGAUGGUCACAGCGUCCUGGAGUUGGAUUUGGACGGCGAACUUCUCAUUGCGCCCAGUGACACCCUGGCAGAGGUCUUUGAUCAGGCGACCCAGACGGCGCUGCGGAAGAGCCUGGCGCUGCAGUGCCGCGUGGUGGGCCUCUUCCCGGAUCCCACGCUGGCGCCGGUGGAGACCACGCUGCAGGUGCACAUCCAGGACUCCAUUUGCUGGGUGCCCCAGAGCUUGAAAGGCAUCGGCAUUGUGGAUCCCAACGCCGGCAGCGAGCAGCAAUGUCGCACCAGGUGCCGCUUAAGUGCAUUGUGUGCCAACUACCGCUGGGAAUCCUCAACCUGCUUCAGGUACGAUGGCCGCUCCGACGGAAGCCCUGUGAUGGUCAACGCCAAGGUCACCAACUGUACGGAUGAGGGGACCUGCAUGCAGGUGCAGCAUCCCAAAUGGUACUUGUCGGGCAGGUAUUGCCCCAUGGGCCGCGACGCCCAAAGGGGUGGCACGAUGUACCGAAGGGAGCAAGUCACUCCGGAGGAUGCCGUCUACUUGUAUAAGAACCGUGCUGGGGAUGGCUGUUCAUCUGGGCAGUGGGUCUUGCAGAAGAUCAACGGGGCUGACUACAUGGAGAAGGCGCUGGGAAGCUUCGAGUUGCGUGGUCCCGUCCUGGACUGCGUGGCCUCCAGCCAGGUGUCCUUCGCACUGGACGCGUGUCCAACAAAGCUCUUGCUGGGGGAGGAGGAGGACGAGGGCCUCCCACCCUUGAUCUUAGAUGAUCCCGGAACGCCGGAGCCCUCCGACUACUGGCUGCAUCCCUGCGACUGCGCGCCGCCGGCCUGGUCCACCGGGGCCCCGGUGAACGCAGAGAAGUUCGAAGAGCAGCCUGCCGAGAGCCAGAAUGACUACAUCCCGAGCCCCUUCAUCAUCGUCAGUGGUCAGUUCGUGUGCCCGUCUCGGCAGCUCUUGCCCAAGAUCGGCAUUCAAUUCCAGACGGAGGAGGAGCUGUUGGAGCCCUCGGACUGCGAGGCGCGCUGCCGGGAUCACUCCGAUUGCCAAUUCUUUUGGAGUGGCGCCCAACACGGCGCCGCCACCUGCCGACUCUUUCAGGGCUGCGAUACGCUCGUGAGGGAGUUCAGCUUGGAAGGUGAGCUCAAAGCCUUGCCCCGGCAGCGUGCCUGUCGCGUGGCCGACGCCGAGCUGUGCUGGGCCACGAGCUUGCGGAGGUCGUUCCUCACGAUGGCGUUCCGUUCAGGCUCCGCUGCCGGGAACGCCGUGGUACCAGAGGUGGUGCCGCCCCCGCCGGUGGAGCCACCAGCCAGCGGGAUGGUCGCAUGGUUCAAGAGCGAACAUGCAGGCUCCACGUGGAAGAGCUCUGUGGGCGACUGGGAGGGCGUCGCCGUGCGCGCCUCGGCGCAGCGCACGGUGCUGGCGGGCUACGGGGCCGAUCGACCGGUGGCCUAUGUGGCAGGCGGUUCCAUGGCUGGCUUCUAUUUUGGCACAGUGCUCAAACGCACCUUCACCCUUUGCUCUGUGACCCGCUACACUGGCUGGCACCGCGGACGUAUUUUGCAAACGGCUGAGAAGAACUUCCUCCAUGGGCACUGGUCUGAACAGGUGGGGGUGGCGCACUAUGACAAGUGGGUGACGCACACCCACCGGAAUCGGAAUUUCAUGGACUGGUUGGUCAUGUGCGGCACCAACGCCGCCGCCCGGAUCUACGACGCCACCAUGAACGUGGCCAGCGACACGGCGGGGGACCUCGGAGUGGAGCAAACCUUGGUGAUCAACAAUGGUGCGUAUAAUGAGGUGUCCGACUUUGGUGUGAUGGAGGUCAUUACCUGGGAUCGUGCCUUGAGUGAUGCUGAGAUGCUCACGACCGUGGAGUAUCUCCAGUGGAAGUUGAAGGCGGGAACCUUCUUGGAGGCGGAGCCGCGCAAGCCCUUCCGCGAGAGCAACUUCGUGAUGUCGAAUCCCGGAGGUGCACACUACUCGGACAAUGUUCAAGACCAGACCUUUCACCUGACCUUGGACAAUGGUUACACAGUGUCUCUUCAUGGCUGGACUCAUACGCGCGACUACGCCGGCUUCUUGCGGAACCAGGAUGGCCAUGCCACUGCCCAGGUCACAGGGCUAUCGCCCAACGAAGUCUAUCUCUAUGAGAUCUUCUCGCGGGACACCUCCGGGCACUUCAAUGAAGUGAACCUCUUCUCGGUGAACCGUGGCAGAGAAGCCACCAUCUCACAGGACAUCUUUGACUUUCCAAGGGCAGUGGGUGUGGCUACUGCGGACGCACACGGAGGGCUCCUGUUCACCUUCCGACGCUGGCAGAGCCAUGUCCACUUGAGUGGUCUUCACAUCAGCAAGAUCGGUCACCACUCCGCGCCUCCGAAGCCGGCGGACCCGCCCUCCGCGGGGAUGGUUGCGUGGUUCAAGAGCGAGAACGCAGGCUCCUCCUGGCCGAGUUCGGUGGGCCACUAUGAAGGUGUGUCAACCCAGACCCACUCCUGUGCGCGCACGGUGGGCGCUGGCUACGGCGCCGAUCGGCCGGUGACCUACGUGCGAGGGCGCGCCAGCAGUGGCAUGUCCUUUGGCCCGGUCAUCAAGCGGACCUUCACGCUCUGCUCGGUGACCCGCUACGACAGCACCUAUGAGUCCCACCGGAACCGGAUCCUUCAAACCACCGAAUCGAACUUCUUGCACGGCCAUUGGCAUGGGCAAGUGGGAGUCGCCCACUACAACAGUAACGGGUGGCAAACCGACACCUACCGCCAGCACGAUUCGAUGGAUUGGCUGGUCUUUUGCGGUACCAACGCCGCGGCGCGCAUCUAUGAUGACAUCCACAAUGUGGCCACAAAGACCGCGGGAGACUUGGGAAUGGAUCAAAACUUGGUGAUCAACCCUCAUGAAGGCGUGGCGUACAUCGAAACCAGCGACUUCGCCGUGAUGGAGAUCAUUACCUUGGAUCGAGCCUUGAGCGAUGCUGAGAUGCUCCAGGCGGUGAACUAUUUGAAGUGGAAGUUAGCGGCUGGCAGCUUUCUGGAAGCAGAACAUCUCAGCGACUACAAGGAGUUUAACUUCGUCGACCAUGUCACAGAAGUCCAUCAGAACCUCAAUGAUAUCGCAGGCCAGACCUUCCAGAUCAAUCUUAAGAACGGCUAUUCUGCCUCGCUCACCGGUUGGACACACACCCGGGACUAUGCAGGCUUCCUACGGAAUGCUGCUGGAAAGGCCACAUGCACGGUGAAGGGCUUGGUGCCCGGCGCGCAGUAUCUCUACGUCGUCUUUGCACGCGAUACUUCCGGACAUUUCAACUAUGUGAACUAUGUCUCGGUGAACCAUGGCCGGGAGGCCACGAUGAUGCAGGAUGCUUUCCCACACCCGCGCUUCAACGGAGUGACGUUGGCCAACCCCCGUGGAGAGAUUGUCUUCGAGUUCACCCAGGUGAAUGUGCACGUGCACUUCUCAAGCUUGGCCAUCGCACCGGUGAAACGUCCCUACUCCGCCCUGCAGCUGGACUCGGCCGUGAAGAGUAUGGCACAGGCUUUACCAGCGGUAGAGGCCGGAUUCACCUUCAUACACCUCUACCAGCAGUGUGAUACCAUCCUCUUGCUGGGCGGCAUGGGUGUGGAACACUGUGGCCGCCCGGAAUACCGCGCCCCAGACUCCCAUGAGUGGAGGCACAAGCGGCCUCUACCGGGCGCCUUAGGCCAUGGCUCCGUUCUCAUGGCCUCCUGCUGGACUGAGCGCUAUCGACUCACCUCGCGCGGCGCGAGCCUUUCAGGUGCUACCGCGGUGGUGGCCAGCGAGCGGUUGCAGUGCAUCAGUGGCAGGUGGUACAACAGCCUCUCCAAGGAGAACUUGCAAGACUUCUCCUGCGACUCCUGCGUGCAAGUCGCCGCGCAUGGAUUUGCCGCGUAUCAUUUACGCCGGGAACAGGAGCUCUACUACUUCAAUCGCAUGGCCUUGAGCGUCUACACGGAGCUGGGCAUGAUCAAGGAGCUCAGUGCUCAAGCGAAGCACAGACACUGCUUGGAGCCUUUAGGACAAGGACCCAAUAUGACAGUGACUGCAAGCCUGGCUUGUCCAGCUAACAUCUUGGCGCAGGUGAGCUCCCUCUCCUCCCCGCUGAACCGGCACCUGCGACUCUUGCCCGAAGACCUCAGCGGCCUGAGCACUCCCGGACAGUGCUUGACCGCCCGGCAUGCCGUGGGCGUGGCGCGCCCGGGGCUGGCGCACGCGGAGUGCAGUGGGAGUGAUGAGAAGCAGCUUCUGGCACCUGGAGAGUUGCCCUCGGACAUGUGGAACCUGCACGUGGAGGCGGAGGAAAGGACUCAAGACCUGCAUAAGGCUUACUCGUCCUACUGCGGGACUAGCGGAGCGCUGAGUAACCUGGACUUUGGGCAGGUUUUCGCUGGUGACCUGGCCACUACCACCAAGUGCAAGUUCGCGCCUUUAGUCGCCUUUGGCACGUUCAAAGACUCGGGGAUCUUUCGCGACAAGGGCCGGAACGACUGGCCGGACUGGCACCACAUGAUGGCGGACCAUCCGGUGGAGUGCGAGAAUGGCGAGGCCUUGACCGCCUUCAAGUUGGAAAUCGGCCCCAACACCUUUCAGUACGAGUGCAGCAAGAUUGGUGGCUUGGGCAGCUGCUUCGACUAUUGGACCCCCCAAGUGGAGGUGAAGGCCUUUAACCAAUGGCCUUCCAACUGGGUCAAGACCAUGCGCAUGCUCCGCACCGACUGCGGGGAGAACUCGGUGAUCGCGGCGCUGCACUUCGAGUACAGUGAGGGUGGGAAGUGGGCGCGGUCUCGCUACAGGUGCUGCAAGGCCGGUGGAGCGCCGAUCACCUUCGAUCCACGUGGCCAGGUGGCAGAUCUGGUGAGCCCCUUCGACGGCGUCUACUGCCCAGGCGAUCGGGACGUGUCGGGCCGCCUGCGCUACGUGAGCAGUGCUGGAAAGGCCUUGAGCUUCGAUCGCGACACCGGCAAGUGGUGCAUUGGCUCAGACUGCUCCGCGGUCACGUCGCAGGACGAGCCGAAGGAACUCCCGGGCGCUGUCUUCGAUGUGGUGAACGUCUCGGACUUCGAUGGGGAGUUUUUGGGUGCCGGGGUGCCAGGAGAUGGGGUGAAGAAACUCUCGCUGGAAGAGGUGUUGAAGCUCAAACCACCCAAACGCCCGCCGCAGCCUCCCAUGCCCAAGUUGGAAGUGUUCAAGGCGGAACAACCCAAGUAUGCCGCGGAGUGUUUGGACUAUCAGAACCUUUGGAAGGAAGUGUCUGAGACCUUCAAGAACGAGGAGGAUGAGACUGUGACGGAGAUCUCGAGGCUCGAGGCUGAGCCCUCCACCCAGGAUCUGCCGAUGCCGGACUACCACCCCUGCGAGGUCGCGAAGAGCGCGGGUGGCAUCUUUGGUCCGAUCGGCGGAGGCGAUGGGUCCACGGCACCUGAGAACAUGAUGUACAGCGAUUGGAACGAUUGCAUGCAGGGCGACAUCGAGCGUGAUUUGAUCUCCGCUGAAGGUGGCUAUCAUAGCGCGAUGUCGGGGUUCAUUCAAGACAUGGUCGAAGAGGGCAUUGGCCUCAUUUGCAAAGCCAUUCCGGAUGUCACAAUUGCACCCUGGGCGAGCGGAUGGUUCAGGAUCUGCGACGGCGCCGCCGAGCUGGUGGGUGCCAUCAAGAAGUUCUCGGGGCCGACCAGCGAAUUCGCCUUCGCGAAGAAGGAGAUGGAGAUCCAGGAGGAAGGCUAUGCGGCUUGCAACCCACUGCAGGUGGGCUUCGCCCGGGCCUUCUGCGAUAUCCACUGCGUGCGCGACGCCGUGAUCCGGGGCGAUCGAUCCAUCAUCCGGAACUUGGAAUUGGCCACCAAGAAGACCAACAACAAUCUCCAGAAGUUGGUCCAGUGGUCCGUCGAUGCCGCGCGCACGGAGACCGGCUGGCUGGGCGAGAAGCUCGACUACAUGCACACCAUCAGCUCAGCCUAUUUGGCGCACAUCUACGACCUCCUGCGGCCGGACGACGGCCUCGCCCAGCGCGGCGCCCUCAGCGCGGCUGAGCUCGGCGCCUUCGCCGCCGAGCUGCGGCGCCUGGGCGAAGGCGCCGCGGCGGGCGACGCGCUGCAGCGGGCCACGGCGCAGGAGGCGCUGCAGCGGUUCCUGGACGCGCCUGAGGCGAAUGCCUCGACAGCAGCAGCCUUCUUGGGACGCUUAGAUUCCCUCCAACAGACGCUGCAGCGUGCUGGCCGGCGGGGUGCCAGCAAGGAGCAGCUGCUGAGCCGGCAGACGAGCAGCCAGGCGCGGCGCUUGCAGCGCACCGCGCGAAAGCAGCUGAGCGCUUUGGGUGUCUACAGGAUCGAGAGCCAGGCGGCCAAGGAGGCGUCCCAACAUCUGCUGAGCUCGCAGGAGCACUUCGCGCUCGCGAGCCUGGAUAAGAUCUGGUGGAAGCUCCGUGAGAAGUUGGAGAAGUACCUAGAUGUGGCGGAGUUGGAGGUCCAGUCCUUCCAGCAUUCCAUCGAGGAGAUGCAGCACUAUGUGGGUUGCGAGGCCAGCUUCACCAGCUUGGCAGCCAGUUACACCCAGAGUAUGCACCGGAUGACUCGCAGCCAUCGCCUACUGAAACGCACGUGGCGCGAGGCCACGCUGUUGAUGGGGGAACUGAGUUCGACCCUCCAGGACACCGAAGCACUGAAACUCUUUGUGAAGGACCAAGGAUGCGACUCACACCUGGUGAAGGAGACCAUGAAGCAGGUGCGCUCGGCGCUCUUCGGCCUGGCGCUGCUGCAGCACCGCUUCGCGGCCGCGAAGCUGGCCGCGCCGGGCCGUGUGGAGCUGCAGCAGGCGGUGCGGAGGAUUGAGGACGCUUACCAGGCAGCACAUCUCCGCUGCUGAGUGUCACAACGGUUUUGCGACGUGAAGACACUGGCAUCAUAUUUUCAAAAGCGCUGGAUCAACCAACACAAACAUCCGCGUGUCUGUGCGAUGAUGCGUUGAUGCGUGCGAUUCGGACCACAUGAAGCCAACCCUGCACGGAGGACCCAA